AUGGCCCGAUCAUCGACCCCGCGCGCCGCGACUACCGUCGCGGUCGUCGCGUUCGUAGCCCUCGCGUUCGCACCGCUCGCCGUCGACGGCGCAACCCCCCCGUUGUGCAAGUGCCCCGCGUCCUCCGGAGCGUGCACCGCCGCGCAGCUGCUCAGAUCCUCCGAUGGGACAACCGCGUGCGGCGCGGUGGACGCCAACGGCAAGCUGGACGCGUCCGUCGUCCUCGAUUCGACCGCCCAGGCGACGUCGCUCGACCUCACCGGCGUCAAGACCCUGACCGGCUACCUGCGUCUGUCCGCGACGCCCGUGACGACGCUCAAGACGGACGACCUCGUGACCGCCGGGUCGAUCAACAUCGAGACCAACGCCGCGCUCACCGCGCUGUCGUUCCCGGCGCUCACCGGGUUCGCCGGCACGAGCGACCCGGACAGCGUCCUUGAACUCGAGGUCCUGAAGACGAGCGCCGCGCUGGUGAACGCGACGUUCCCGGUGCUCGCCACCGCGUCGAACGUCACGUGCGAAGCUCCCGGCGGCGUGGUGUGCGAUUUACGAUCGGUGACGCAUCUGACGGGGGCGCUUCGCGUUCGAAAUGCCAACCUCGCAGCACUGAAGAACGUGUCCGGGGACGCGUACUUCGACGAACACGACGGCGCGACCGUCGCCGCGGAGAAGCUGGAGCACGUCGGGGGCGAUCUCACGCUCAUGCUCAGCAAAGACGCGAAGGAGGUCAAGCUGCCAAAGCUGGCCAAGGUUGACGGGAAGGUCCUGGUGGACGAGUACUCGGCGGGCGGGGCGAACACGGCGUUGACGGCGCUGAGCUUCCCGGCGUUGACGGACGUCGGGGGUUCGUUCAGGGUGGAGAGCCUGGACGGCCUGGCGGUGUUGCGAUGCGAGGAGCUUAGGAACAUCGGCGGCGCGCUCGAACUCCGGCUGCUCCCCGCGCUCAAGUCUGCGUACUUUCAGAGGGUGGAAAAAGUCAAGAGCGUGUCCAUCGGCGGCGACUUUAAGGAUGCCGAGGUGCACGUGCCGUGCGUCGCGGGUGGGCUCCUGGGCCUCACCACGUCAUCGGGUCAAAACAACGUCAACGCGGUGCCGACGGACAGAGUGACGUGGAAGUGGCCCGACGGUUGUUCGCACGCGCCCGUGGCGGCGCCGGACCCGUCGCCGCCGUCGACGCCGACGCCGCCGAAGAGCGGAGCGCGCGCGGCGGUGGCGACGGGUCGGUUCGCGAUCAUCCUGCCCGCGUUGGCGUGGGGGGUGCGGUUGCGAUAA